AUGAUCAAGGCAAUCUUCUACAGCAAAUUCGACACACAGGAGGGCCCGAAAGUCGUCCACCAAGUCCCGGACGGAGCGAUUGUUCCAUCCUCGGCCGCACCCACACAACCCCUCUUCCUGCCCUUUUCCGACGUCUCAUUCUUCGUGAUUCCUCGCCAGGAGCUCUGCGGCAAUCUGCUGCAGGUCUGUACUAAUGGCUAUCGCGUCUUGGGUUAUCCGAUCUGCAUGAAGUCCGCCCGUUAUGACCGCAAUGAGUUCAUCUUCAACUUUUGCAUAGUGCUCGCCGAAGAGGAUGAUUUCAGCACAUAUCGGAGCGUGGUGCAGAAGCUUGCUGAUCUGAUGCAUGCUCUGGAAGAGCAGAAUGGCUUCUUAUCUCGAGACUUUUCAAAAAGCGGGGAGGGCAAGGUGCACAGUCUGUGUGAGAUGUUGAUGGAAGACCUCAAUAACUACUGCGAAUGCAUGAUCCCUAUCGACGAUCUUAAUACGCUGAACAUUAAAUUGUUCCCCAUAUACCCAUCUCCUCCGAGUGUCAAGGCGUGGCAUGUGCCUCUGUUUACAGUUCGAUACCAGGCCUUCAUGGACGAGAAUUGGGACUUGACUCUGCAACGGAUUGUACCACAUAUAAAUGGCGUCCACAGUGUCCGCAUCAUCUCCAUUCUCGCUGAUACAGACUUCUCUCUCACAUGUCGUGCCAUCCGACAUCUUCUAUACUAUGGAUGUUUGUUCAUCCUCGACAUCUUCUCUUUCUCAGCCAUCUAUGCCCCCACAGCGCAAUUCAGCUCAACCAUACCUUCAGACGAAUCGAUGCAACUGGAAUGUGCACGCUAUGUAAACACACGCUUUGCACCACAUCCUCCCAUUGGGCCCCGAACACCACUCCCACCAGCACCAGCAGCCACAAGCAGCGGGAGCGGCGGAGGAGUCGGCGCAUUAGCCAGCUCGCUCACCGACCCAGCAGCCAGCAUAUCCCGCGACGAGUCAGGCUUCGACGCAGAAGAGAUCUGGCCACUACUAGGCGAGACAGAAGACGGAGGGACCAACGGCACCGGCAAAGCAAUUCCGAGCUCAAAUUCACCCGAAGAUGAGGUAGUCCCAGCUACCCCAGGGCAAGGGCACCGAGUCGUUGAUGGCGUGGGAAUCGUCGAGCUGUACGCAAGUCUAAAGCAAGGCCAGAGCGUAAAACAGUGGUAUUCAACCCACAGCCGCGAACUGGCCAACAUCGAUAUUCGCCGCUUCAUCACAUUCGGCGUCAUCAAGGGCUUUCUAUAUCGUGUUCAUAAAUAUGCUUGUGCAACUGGUCAACCCGCGCCGUCGACUCGUUCUUCUAAUAUCUUACCACCGGCGCAUACUUCGACCGGUCCGUCUUCACGAGCCACUACCGGCACUAAUACCCCCCUAUGCUGCAUCUAG